AUGGCUGCUCCUCUUGAGGAGCGCUCGAAUGAUGUGAAGUGCAAGGUGGCAUACGAGGGCGAGCUGGAGCUCUGGAUGAACAAACCUGACAAGUCGAUUGGCCCAGUGGUGAGCAACAAGCCGAUCAAGCCGUAUGGAAAAUCGAUGCUGCUGUUUGACGAGGAAUCGAAGGACUUCCCUGGUGUGAAGUUUGUGGAAUGCAACGUGAAGGGCAAGGAUAACAAUGGUGAUUCUGAUGCGACCUUUGGUCGCCUGGAACUUGUCAAGGACAAAGGAAUGUGCAUUGAACAUCUGCCGACGGACGACGCUAAGCUGGUGGCGCUUGGCGUGCAGAAGUGCGACUACGAGAACCUGAAGCAUAAGAGUGACAAGCAGGCAUUCAGGUCUAUCUGGGACGGCAAGAGUGAUGUGUCAGGGCUUAAUGUUCUGGAAAAGGACGGCAAGACGCUUCAUUCGCAGUGGCGCUACAAGAAGGAGGGAAACAAGAAAGUACUUGCUCUGACGAGCGACAAAGUCCAUUUUAGCCACUAUAACAACCUGCGUGUGAAGAAUAUCAAGAAGAACUAG